GAAGUUGAGCAACAACUUCAGCACUCGAGCAGUGAAUGGAAAUUCGAUGACAUUGUUGUAGCUUGUGGCAGUGGGGGUACGGUCGCUGGUUUGUCCAUUGCAUCCAGGCUCAGUGGCUUAAAAGCAAAAGUUAAUGCAUUUUGUGUUUGUGACGAUCCGGAUUAUUUUUAUGAAUAUGUUCAAGGCCUACUUGAUGGAAUUAAUGCAGGCGUUAGCUCACGUGACAUUGUUAGCAUUCAAAAUGCGAAAGGCCUUGGGUAUGCUAUGAGCACAGCUGACGAGCUUAAAUUUGUGAAGCAAGUUGCUGAAGCCACAGGUGUUAUUCUCGACCCUGUCUACAGUGGUAAAGCAGCUUAUGGAAUGAUAAAAGACAUGAACGAGAAUCCAACAAAGUGGGAGGGAAGAAAGAUUCUCUUCAUACAUACAGGUGGCCUACUGGGAUUAUAUGACAAAGCUGAUGAAAUGGCCUCAUUAAUGGGAAAAUGGCGUAAGAUGGAUAUCAAUGAAUCUACCCCAAGACAAGAAGGCAUCGGCAAAAUGUUCUAAAUCGUGAAAGAGGUGAUGCCAAAUUGUGUUGUCAACAUGUACAGGAUGAGCAUCAGCAUUUCUAGAUUUUUUUACUCGAAUAAAAGAAAGUGCUUUGUGCCACUUGUACGAAUGGUUGAAUUAUGGAUAUGAUUUAUCUCUUGAAAGCUUGAAUAAUUGGAGUUAAAUGGCGGAUGUGAAAGUA